CCAAGCGCGGCAACCGAGCACCUAACAUUCCUCCCCGCGGUCUUCCUAGAAAAACCUCAAACUAACGAGAGAGAGAGAGAGAGAUUUCUCCGUGUGGCGAUGAAUAUAUCAUCGCUUUCUACUCCGUCAUUCUAUGAUUUCCUCGAUCGAAUGCGCCAUCCAGCUUCUCUCGAUCUCGUUCGCUCCAUCAAAAGUUUCAUUGUGUCAUUUUCGUUCAAUGCUGCCAACCCUGAAAAUGACAGCAAAAGGCUACAAGAGUUCUUGUUGUCCAUGGAAGCAACCAUCAAGGAUCAUCCCUUAUGGGCUGGAGCAACUGAGGAAGAAAUUGACAAUGCUAUUGAGGUUUUAAUUCCAGUAGCCUAAUUACUUCGAACCUGGACUGCUUAAGUAAUUGCACCUGAAGAAGCAACAUGGUACAAUUUGAGCAUUGUAUGCUCUUUCACAAGGGUCUGGAGAAGUAUGCCAUGACAAAGUUGUUCAAUCGCACAUUCGCUUCCUCCUCUGAGGAUGUUAAAUCUGAUCAAGAGAUUUCAGAGAAAAUACACCUGUUGCAGCACUUUGUUAGACCUGAACACCUGGAUAUACCUGUGAUUUUUCAGAAUGAAGCCUCAUGGCUGAUUGCAGUGAAAGAACUGCAGAAAAUCAACUCUUCCAGAGCCCCUCGUGAGAAGCUUCUCUGCAUAUUGAAUUGUUGUAGGGUCAUCAACAAUUUGCUGCUCAAUGUGUCAAUGUCAACUGAUCAUAUACCGGCUGGGGCCGAUGACUUCCUUCCAGUUCUUAUUUACGUUACUAUCAAGGCUAAUCCACCUCAGUUGCAUUCGAACCUCAAAUUCAUCCAGCUCUUCAGACGGCAGUCAAAGCUGAUUUCAGAAGCAGCAUAUUAUUUGACCAACCUCAUCUCUGCUGAGUCAUUUAUCAUGGCAUUAGAUGCCAAUUCACUAUCCAUCGGUGAGAAUGAGUUUCAUGAGAGCAUGCAAGCAGCAAGGUUGGCUGAGGCAGCUAGGAUUGGAUCUAGCACCACAUCAACAUCAUCCACAGGUCAUGUUCCCACUAUGAGGAGGUGCAACGAGGAUAUUGAUACACGUGGCAGGAAAUACCCAUACAUGGAGGCGGAGGCUGAAGACCUAACUUUGGAAGACGUUCCAAAAUUGCUAAGUGCAUACAAAGAUGUGGUGACUAAGUAUUCGAUGCUACGUAAGGCCGUGAGAGGUCUCUCUCUAAAUGAGGAGACGUUGCCCUCCAUACUGAGAGAAGACCUUGCUAAUUGUGUGUUGCAGCAACUGGAGAUGACAGAAUUAGAGGGUUCAAACUCAGCCCAGCAUGGUACAGGCAGGUGAAGUUAAAAGAAAAAAAGGAUACUGUAAGUGCAGCAUGUAUUGUAUUUUUCCCCCUUUUCCAUUCAUGUGCUUAACAUUGAGUGCCUAAAUGUCAUUAGGGGUUUAAAACUUGUUUACAAACCGCCACAUGCCCAGAGAUGGACAUGUAUGGUGCACUCUAUCAAGUCACUGGGUGAAAAACAUGACAGUAGAAUCGCA